AUGGCUCAGAAUGAAGAUUCCAUAAAAUCGCAAACCAAAUCUCCUAACGCCCACCUCCCCCAUGUAUCUGGUUCAGACAAUUCAAUAUCCUCGUUUGAUCUUCUUAAUUCUUACCGUUCUGCAGCAAUGUUCCUUAAAGCCGCUGCAGAUAGUCAAAAUCCGCGUAAUAAGUCGGUAAAUCUUCCCCCCGGUGUUGUCAAAUCCCGAUACUCUUCCGCCUCCGAGGAUUCCGUUGCAGCAGCUGCAGCUGCCGCCGCCGCGGCCUCUCUCAUUCCCGCUCGUCAACACUCUCCUUCUGCCAGUUCAAAAUUUCAAGCUGCUCUCGCUAUGGCUAUGGCCGCCUCUUCGUCUCCUCCUUCGACUUGUCCAAGUUCUUCAUCCUCCGGACAUCAAGGUGAGCACCAUUUUGCCGCAGCUGCUGCUGUCAACAAUGAGUUCCGCUCUACCUCUGACAACACCCAAUCACCCUCCCUUGGUCCUUUUUUCCGCCCACCUCACGCUUCUUCCGUCAGCUAUGAACCUGUUGACGGGACUCCUGGUUCAGGCGGAGGAAAUGGGUCUGAUUUGGGCUUCCAACCUCCUAGCCUUCCUCCUAACUCUAGUAGUAGCGCUGACCCCACAAACCCUCUCCCUCCUUUUGUUGGUUCGGGAGGACAAUCUGAUAUUCCCUCAGCCUCAACUUGCCUUACAAAUGCUAUGCUUCUACCUGCUAGCAUUGUCAAUGCUCUAGGUCAGCAGAUGCAAAGCAAUCAUUACCACCAACCGCAGUCGCCAGCCUACCUCUCAGCUAUAAGCACCAAUUCAGGUGGUGGUAGCUUCUCCCAACAACAGCAAGCAACUCAGGGGGGUCCUAAUCCGGGAGGAAAUGAGACCGGGCCUCCCCAUCUCUUCCCUCAAACAGGCGGGUUGCCCCAACAACAACCUGGGUCGCACCCUACCCACUCAAUCACGUCAGCAGCCAGUUCAGCCGACACAAGCCGCUACAGCAAUCCCGGUGGACGUUCUGCUUCUAGUGCUGCUUUACACGACGAUUCGAACAACAAGCGAGAGCAACGGCUCCUCAAAAAUAGAGAAGCUGCAAGGGAAUGUCGUCGAAAGAAGAAAGAGUACGUUCGAUGUCUUGAGCGUCAGGUAACCAUACUUCAGGAUCAGAAUCGUCAGUUGAUCGAGGAAUUGCAAAAGAUGAAAGCUCUCUGUGCUGGAGCAUUUCUAGAUCCCUCGGGUCAACAAAUGACCAUUCAGCCACCUGAUAGAAGAAAUGAUCCCGGAAGUGGGUUGGAUUUUGUUGAUUCAGCUUCUGCUGCAACUUCAAAUCCUCAUCACCAUCACUCCCAUCAUCAUCUUCGUAAACCGCCUUUACCCUCUUUGCUUUCACCUCAGGCCCCCUCGGAUGCUGCUGGUGGAGGUGAUUCCAACAGUUUCCAUCCGCCUGGCGAAAUGGAGGUCGAUUCACAUUCUCAUAGUAGUGAUUUGACCCUUCUCAAGUCGUCAGUGUCACAUAAUCAGCAGCAACAACAACAACUCUUGCUCCUUCAUGGUCUCUCCACUAUGAAAGAUGGUGGUGGCGGUGUAAGAAAGAGUGAAGAAGGGGACUAUUCUACGCCUGGAAGUGGUGCAUCCACUUGGGUGUCUUCUCUUCCUGACCAGAAGUCGAAAUUUGCUGAUGAUGAGGUAGAUACACGGCCUCCGUCUUCCUCACCUCACAUCCAUCCUGUGAAACGGGUGCUGAAGCGUUUUGGAAAUGAACAACACCGAUUAUCUCAACAGAAGGCUCAACAAGAAGCCCAACAACAAGUCAGCGCCACUGGAAAACCAGAUCCAGAUAAAGCUGGAUGA